AUGGCUGAUAAAGAUAAAAAAACGUUUUAGGAUUUAAUCAAAAAAAUAUUAUAGCCAUCUUAAAUUUGGCAAACAAGAAAAUUAGAACAUAAAGAAGUUAUAGCAUUUUGGGGUUAGCUUUAGGAAAACAAGAUCAAUGUUUUGUAGUACGUAUAAGACCUAAUUAAGAGCAUUUCAGAACUUGAAAAAUAUAAAAAAAUAAGUUCUUCUAAAUCUGUAACUCUUGAGAAUUUGCUAUGCACUCUUUUCGCUGUUUCAGUUUUUAGAGAAUUAGAUUAAAAAAAUCAAGUUGUUCAACUUAAAGAAAAAGAAUGCUCAGCUUUAUUGAGGCCUAAUAGCGCUUCAUUAAUAUGCCCUCAUACAGCUAGUAUGUUGGAAACUUUCUUCCAAAUUUUUGGAGAAAAAAAUGAAACGAAUUACUUGUAAAAUUUUGUAGGACAAAUGUGCUUUUUCCCUGAUUUACCAAUAUCAAACUUAGAUACACAAGAUUCCUAGAUUAGCUCUCACCUUUCUAAUUACUUUAAAUAGUUAGAGAAAUAUAAUAGUAUGUUAUAGGAUGAAAGUCCUUCUCACUUUUCAGUGCUCUUAUUGCAAGAAAAUUAAUUGUAAGAGACAGGUGAAUUUUCUUUUGCUUAUGAAUUCUUUUGGAAUAAGAUGAAACAAAAAAAGAGCAUAAUUCAUAAAAUCAUAUUCGAUGCUAUUGGAAGAUAUUUUAAAGUUCUACCUCAAAUAGCAAAAGAAUACCCUGAUUAAGCAGAAAAAAGUAUACUGUCUUUGUUGCAUCUUACUAAAUAAAUCAUCACUUUUUUUGGUGUGAGAGAUAAUGAGUAUAUCAAGACAGUGCUUACUUAGGUUUAAAUUUUUAGAAGAUGGCCUUAUCCUGUGGGUAAUAUGGCUUAGGAGCUUGUUUCUCUUUUAUUCUAAGAAUAUAAGUCUAAUGGAAAUGCCUUCAGAAAUAAAGUGAGAGAAGAAAUACCAUCAGUAGAUAUAUUUACAGAAUAAGAAAUGCCUAAACAUAACUAGCUUAACACUAACUAGUCAAAUCAAUAAUCUGGUCAAAAGAGCAAAGAUCAUACUAUAAUUAACAUUCCUCCUACAGGAUUGCUUGGUUAGUAAAAUAGCUAAAUAAACUAAAGCCAAGAAAAGUUGGCAUAUAAAGCUUACAUCGUUGCAGAUAAAGACUAAACAGAAAUUAAUUGUCUAGUUUUGUUAAGCAAGUAGCAUGAAAAUAGAAUAUAAAGUGACCAUGUCUUAAGAGCUGCUUUAGUUACUAACAUGCUUAGCUUAAGGAAAGAAAAUAAUGCUGAUAUUGAAGUAGCAUAGCUCAUCUCUAAGAAGAAAAAGAAGGAUAUAUUCGCAAUUUAUUGUUAACUUUUGCAUAUAAUUGAUAAAAAUAGUGAAUUCGAUGAUUGGGAUUAUAUCCGUAAAUUACAAGAUACAUAAUUUUCUAAAAUUAUUCUAGCUAUAUAGGAGGCUAAAAACGAUGACUCUGUUUCAGAUGAGUUUAUACAUAGUGUUCUUACUGAAAAUACACAAACUUAUAUUCCUGAAUUCCCUAAUUGUGAAUUAGAGCUUAUAGUACCUCAUAUCAAGUAAGCGUACUAAAAACAAGCCACUUCUAGAAUUAAUCAUACAUAAAACUAAGUUUAGGAAGAGAAUCCCCUUGCACAAACAUAUUAUCCUUUAUUAAAUGAAAAUGAAAUAAAGCAAUUUUAAUCGAAUCAAAUUGGAGAUUAGUAGAAGUUUUCUUAAUAGUUUUUUGAUAAAUAUUUUGAUACCUCAAUAAAUCCUCAAUACUAGCAGCCUCAUAGAUUUGUAGUUAUGGGAGGAGAUGCUGAACUUCAUGGCUUAGUUUAAGUAUUAGGAGAAUAUUUUGAUAAAUAUGAUAAUAAACGCAUGAAUUAGUUGGAUUUGAGAGUUUUCAUUGUACCAACAAAAAAGAAUACCCUCGCUCACUACUUAGCAAGCAAAGAUGUUUGGUAUCAACGUUACCUUUAUCUUCCAUUUAGAGAGGAAUUGAUCAUUCCAAAAUUUGAAAAAAGUGAAGAUGGUGUAGAAAAAGAUCCUUUCUAAUAUUUGGAUUAAAACCAAAGUGAUUUUAAAGUUAUGAACACUUUAUUACCAUAGGAAUUAAAAUUAAUGGUACUAAACACAUAUAUUAGAGAGGCAAGUCGUGCAUUCAAUGUUAGAGUGUAUAGAAUAAAUUGUAGAUUUUUAAAUAAGGAUACUAGUGUAAUUUAUUUUUGCUAAUAUCUUGAAAUCGGUGAAUCAGUUAAGGCAGAACUAAUUCAGAGAUAAAAGAAUCUUAAGAGAGGUGAAAGUCAUCUUAGUCUGUAUGAAAUGAAAGAAAAAGGAUAGAUUAAGUUUGGUGGAGUUGACUUAAAAAUAACCUUUUAGAGUGUUGACUAUUUAGGUAAUAAAUGGGACAAAGAAACUUAUGAAGAAUGCUUCAGCAGUGUAAAAGUUAAUAACGUUUAUAAAGAAUAUUUUGAAGGAAAUACUCCUUUCCCCAACUCUCAUUGGUUAGAAAUGACUUGCAUUACAUAAGAAAACGCUAAGUUAUUUGAUAAUAAUCUGAAAAACAAGCAUCUGUUUAGGGUUAAUCAAAAGGAUUCAUAACAAGGAGCUGAUUAAGUUUAAGCUGCUUUCAAAGCUCUUUUCACUUCUGUUCCUGUAGAAUCAGUAGACAUAUCUAUUGAUCCAAAAGACAAUAGACUAGAAUCUUCUUUCUAAAUUUUAGUUGAUGGAAAAAUAUUCUCUGGCUUAACUUCAAUUAGUGUUGAGCCUGUCACUCUCAAAACUAGAGAACCUAACAAUGAAGUUAAAAAUAAUCCUCAUAUUUUCUUAAGCCUUCCAGUAAUGACUUUCCUGCCACUAAAGCUUUGA